GGCUAUUGAACCACAACCAAUAUUGAUUCAUACACAAUACUUCUUCUCUUCUCCAUAUUCUUUAUUCAAUCUCUCCUAGUUUAUACAAUAUGGGUAUCAAUUAUCCAACAAUGGUGCUCUCGUUGAGAGGUUUGAACACAAUCAAAUGAGAAAACCUUCCCAAAAACAACAAAAAAUUCACCCAAAACAAAAAAGGUCUGGAUAUCAGCAAAAAGAAGAAAAAUUCUGUAAUUUUGAUCUGGGAGAGCUCCAGAUCUACCACCGGCAGCACCAAACCUGGGCGCCUGGCGGUCCAACUGACCAAGUUCACCGUCGGAAGAGGUUAAUCAAGUUCGCCGUUGUAGCCACGCCGGACCUCGCUGCCACCGCUUUUGCAGACCUUACCGCAACCAGAACACUGGAGACGGCCAAUCCGGGUGACCUCACAAACCCAGCUCCUCAACCCAUCCGCAGCAGAAAGGAAGGAUUGAAAAAUUUCAGAUCUAGAAUACGUUGGGUCUCGGAGGAGGUGUCAGCGUGCAUCGGCUGACGUUCUUCGCCGCAGGCCCAAGUCAGGCGGCCGCUGGCCCAUUGCAUCGGAUCUCUGGCCGCAGCUCUGUACAUAGGUCGCAGGUCGGACGCCUUUAGCGGCAGACCUCGCUACCUCCCCAGCCCGCAGACCGGACCUCCGACCCCGUCGCCGCUCAACUUCGAGCCAGGUGAGUCUCCGCCAUUAAUGGUGGCUUGGAGCUAUAUAAAUGUGUAUUUGAAGUUCAGCCGGUCUUCCACCUUAGGCUAGACCCCGUGAUCAUCCUUGCACCAUGGCAACCUCCCUGACCACUGCUAGCAAGCGGCUAGCAAGCAGCCAGCAAGCGGUCAGCAAGCCGGUUUGUCCUUUGCUUGGCCAACGGGUCUUUCAUACGGAGGUAGUAUGUCUUUCCAAAGGAUACUCCAUAUAUAAUUCCUUGGUUCUCAGAGGGCCACGUUUGUAGAGAUGCCAACAGCCUCCCAUGCUCUUGGUCGGAUAGAUGAGGGCCCUCCAUGAUUUGACCGGUCAAUCAGACUCCCAUGCUCUUGGCCGAAGUCAGCCCACUUGAGAAAGAUACGUAUUUUUUUUAAUUUUCAUACUCCGUAUUAUUUAUAUUUAUUUAAAUCAUUUCUUUUUGUCGGGCGAAUGUCACACUGUCACGCACCUAUGAUCAAAUGCCUAGUAGAGUGUGGUUUGAGACCCAUCACUAGGAUUUAAGGCCCUGACUCUCAGGCACAAAGCCCUGACUCUCAGGCAUGAAGACCGGUCUUAGUCAUUCCAAGAGUGGCGACCGUUGCGUACGAAUGGCUCACACCUCCACUCUACUAAGUAUUUUAUCAUUACAUCAACAAUUCGCAUUUUCACUUUUUUCAAGUGACGAACUCCCGAUCGGAAACAUAAACCCCAAAAACAAAAAUUUUAUAUGCAUGUUAAAUGUGUAGGUACGAAGAUGACUUUACUCAUUUUUCUCCUCGUCUCCACUCAAGGAGUGGGGGACUGGGAGACUGAGAGGUCAGAUUUUCUGGAUGAGCGGCAAAUAUCACGCAUGAGCAGGAACGAGAGCUAAGUCAGAUGAAGACAUGUUGAACUAGACAAAAGUGAUUAUGCCGGAAGGGACCUACCUUCCUUGUUUCAUGUUGGGGGCGUUAGGUGUACUCUUUUUCCCUUUAUUACGAUUUUUUCCCACUGGGUUUUUUCCUAGUAAAGGUUUUUAACGAGGCACCUCCCCAUCAUUGACAAGGGUGGCGGUCCUCCGGCCAAAGAGGAAGAAAUCAAAGACAGAAGAACGUUGCAGAUACACUUUGGACUACUCCCUUUCGCCUCGAGUACUCUCGACUCAGGGAGUGGGGGACUCCUGAUGGAGUAUAUGGACUCUGACCCCCCCGGUCUGCCGACUACUGGGCCUGGACAGCGGCCCACACACACGUUUAGCGGAUAUCAUUCAUAUUAUUGUACAUUAUUAUUAUUCAGAUGUUCUAGAUUAGUUUUUUGUACUAUAUGCCCAUUUAUGUAACCGGGUAUGUCAGGCCCAUAUUAAAAGCCCAGACCCGGAUUUUCCCUAUAUAUACUCCUUAUAGGAGGCUAUUGAACCACAACCAAUAUUGAUUCAUACACAAUACUUCUUCUCUUCUCCAUA